GGCCUGUUGUAUCCCCAGCUAGCUGAGCCCCAGCAGCAGUUGUCGUGCAGCAGGUGGUUGUUGCAGACUUAUUUAGGAACAACUGAAGCUCCUAGUGUGAACGCACCACAAGUUCCAGACCAGGACCCGGGGUGGGUCAGAUCCUCAGACACUAACCUGGACUGAGUCUGAGAUCUGAGUCGAGUCUUGGAGAGUCUUGGAGAGUUUUGGACCGAGACCUUUAGCAGCAGGUUCAGGAGCUCGGAUCAAUUUCCCUUCGAUAAACUGCAGACAUGGACGGACAGAACCAGCAGAAGGGUUUCUAAUGGCUCCUGGAGAAGAAGGUCCAGUGAGCAUCAUGCAGACUGGUGCUGAUUGACUGAACGACCUGCUGUGAGCCUGCUGAUGGCGCUCUGGGCUGCCUUGCUGUGGAAGUGCUGGAUCCACCUGACUCUGCUGCUCGUCCAGGUUUCUUUACCUGAAGUUACAGCUUCCUGUCUUAUCCUGAGGUGUAACUCGGAUUUUGUGGCUGCAACGCUGGACCUGGGCAGCAGCAGUAGUGGCAGCGGCGGUGGGGCAGCAGGAGGAGGAGCAGCAGCUGUCAGCAGGCAGGCGGCGAACGCCGGUUACUGCAGCGCCCUGCGCUCGUACGCCAUGUGCACCAAGAGGCUGUCGCGAGCGUGUCGCGGUGACCUCGCUUACCACUCUGCGGUCCAAGGAAUCGAAGAUCUGCUCAUCCAGCAUCGCUGCCCCCGGGUCGGGCCCACGGCACAGCCCCGGGCCCCCCCUGCUGAGACGCUGUCGGGGGACACCUGCCUCUAUGAGAGGAGCUUCUUCAGCAGGGAGGGGCAGACGCCCGAAUACCUGCACUGCAGCGUGUUCGGAGACCCACACAUCAGGACGUUCAACAAUGACUUCCACACAUGCGCCGUUCCGGGGGCGUGGCCUCUCAUUGACAAUGAGUAUCUGUACGUACAAGCCACCAGCUCGCCAGCCAGGGGGGGCAUGUACGCCACAGUUCUCACCAAGAUCACCAUCAUCUUCAAGAACUGGCGUCAGUGUAUCGACCAGCAGCUGUACCAGGCCGAGGCGAGAGGCGUGGGACACCUGGACAGCUCACCAGCCUGUCACAUGGACGCAGACGGCCACCCACACUGUGCCGCCUGCACUUAA